AUGGGUGGCGUGAGAGGUAUGUUGCCAUUUCUAUUUGAUGCGGAAAAAUGGUUUAUCAGAUGUACGUCUGAAUAAUUCGCAAGGUCAUUUACAAAAAAGAAUGGGAUGCCGCUGUGGGCCUCUCUACAUUGAUUUCACGUUUGGCAAUUUAUGCGAUGUGCUUGUAGCCGUGGCACUACUGGCGUUCGCCGGCGUCGUCGGUCUGACGCUUCUAGUCCUCGGUUGUGCGCUUCCCAUGUAUCAGUGAGUUAAUUCAAUAAUAUUUACCUCGAGUCACUAAUUCCUUUCUCAGAAAUUGGUCGCCUAUGUUUGUUCUCGCGUUUUACGUUCUAUCACCGGUACCACUAUUGAUAGCGAGAAGAUUUCAGGAAGACAUGACAGGUUUUUCUUGAGAAACCGACAUUUUGCAAAGACAGUUUAUUUCAAAACUGAUCCUUUACAAAAGCUUUGGAAGGAAAUAUCUUCACUUUCCAGGUACCAAUGCAUGUGUCGAACUGGCUCUUUUCGUCACAACGGGAAUCGUCGUCUCGGCGUUCGCCCUCCCGAGUGUCUUGGCUCACGCUGGAACGGUAAAUUGGGUGUUUCGAGUUAGGAAAAGGAGUAGCCUCCGAUUAAUUAACUAGCAUUGCAGGAAUUUACCUCAGCAGUUUAUAGCCUUGAUGUUUUAGUUAAACUAUAAUUUUUUAAUGAAAUUCACUCGUUUAAAUCAAUUUUUCUGGUUGUUGUCUAAUGUUAUGUGAAUGACGGCGGUAAUGCUGGACAGUUCAUGAAAAAUUGAGCUGUGAUCAAUAGUAGAGUAAAAGUCCGAAAAAUCUUUGGAAUACUUCGGAAAAUAGAAGCUCUGCUUUAAAAAAAUGAUGAAUUAUAAGAAUAUUCUGAUGAAAUGUACAGGUCCUUACAAAUUUCUUUUUUUUUGCUCUUCUCUGUUCAAAAAUUUUCAUUCUGAGGUUUUCUCAAAAAAAAAAAACAAGUUUGAAAAAAGUCUUUUGAAAUCUUCUCAGCCACUUAGGUUUUUAAAGCUUUCUCGAGACAUCUCUGUACCCUUCUGGUAAACUAUCUGUGAGUAGAGUAUAAUUUUUGAUUUGUUUGCAAAAGGAAUCGUGUUGUGGAUGGGAAGUGGCACGUUCCAGAUAAAGUUCUCGGCGGCGCUGCUGGUCAACACCGGCUCCUUGGUGAUGUUCGGAACUAUCAUCGCCUAUUUCUACCUUCAUCGUGACGAAGACGGCGGCAGUUGGAACCAGUCCCUCUUCUGAUCGUCUUUUUGUUGUGUGUGUUUUUUGCAUUUUAUUUUUUUUUACGUAAAUGACAUACCAGUACGGAGGUCUGCUAGUGGCGGUUUUACGAGAAAAGUGUGCGAGGUGAACAUCGAAGAUAGGAUUAAAACUUCUGUGGUAGGUAGACCCAGGUGUGAGCAUUCGAAAAGAGAAAAGGCAAAAAGUGGAAAAAGUUUCUUUCUCGUGUUUCUUAUGAUAUAUUGAAUAACAGUAGACGUUUUGGAAAUCGAGAAACCGAAGAAACUCAGAUUUUGAGCCUUUUCCGUACAUUUUCGAGAGGCUAUUUCUCAGUUCUCUUUGGCGCUUAGUAGAUAUUUCUUUUUAUUUUCGAUUACUCACACCUAGGCCUAUUCACCCCAAAAGUUUGGACCAGUUCUGCAAUGUUCACCUCACACACUUUCCCUGUUAGUGCGUUUCGAAGUGAAUACUUUUAUAAUUUCUAAAAAAAAUAGGCGCACUUUUCAGAGAUGCAUCUGUAGAAAUUCGAAUGACAAAACCAUAAUGAAUUUUUUGAAAAAAACAUAAAUUUUCCGUUCAUCCCGACUUUGCAGUAAAUUUUAGAGCUUUAAUCAAAUUUAAAACUAGUUUUACGACGAUGAAAAAAAAAGUGAGUUUCAACGAAAAUGUGAAGCUAUAUUCUGUUGUGUUCAAGAGUCCUUGUGAGUGUGCUUGAAGGAUCAAUGAUGCAUGAUCAAAAAAGUAAGGAUCUUCGGAAGACUACAGACAGAUCAGCAAAUUUUAAACUUGUUUUAGUGUCAUCAAAAUAUCCGUGGAGCUCGAACCCUGUUUUCGUGACCUUAUUCUUCUGUAUAUUCUUAAUUGAGCUUAUUUUAGAGCUUUUCUGUCAUGUACUCUCCCUCUAUAUAUUCAAAGGUGGCUCGUGAAAUUUUCCUGAAUAAUUUUCAUUUUUUUUUGAUGACGUUUCUUGUACGUCAGGAAAUUGUAAUAUGAAAAAAAUUAUAAUUCACACAACGUGUUUAUUCUUCUCAUUUUGAAUGGUAGCUCGAAAAAGGAAAAUGUUAUUCAGAUUGCAAAGUCGUCGGCGUUGCUCGUGUGCCUGGCGAACCUGGUGAAUUUUGGUGCCAUCGUCCUCUACUUUCGCGUGUUUAA